AUGACACUUCACGACCAUGACGGCGCACACUUCAUCGCGCACGAUUACCACGUCACCGCCCCGACAGCGGCGAAACCAACGAUUGGCAUCCGCAGAGAGGACCCGGCGCGAAUAUGGGAGCGGAGGUGUCCUCUGACACCGCACGCUGUGCACGAGCUCAUUGAGAGGGACGGUGUGGACGUCCUGGUAGAGGAUUGCGAUAGGAGAGUGUGGACAGGAAAGGACUUUGCGACGGCGGGCGUGAGCGUGGUUGAGAAUCUCGCACCCGCACACAUCAUACUGGGAAUCAAGUAG